ACAAAUAUUAUUUCAUAGAAAAAUGAUAGAUGAAGAUUUAACUUGUGAAGUUGGGCCACCAUGCUGCCUAGUGCUUGCAGAUGGUUCAGUCUUUCAAGGCAAAAGUUUCGGUGCACAAGUUCCAGUGGAUGGUGAAGUCGUAUUCCAAACGGGUAUGGUUGGAUACCCGGAGUCUUUAACGGAUCCCUCAUAUCACGCUCAGAUUUUGGUUUUGACGUAUCCUCUCAUUGGAAAUUACGGUAUACCGGAUGAAAAUGAACGUGACGAACACGGCUUACCCAGGUGGUUAGAAUCGUCACGUAUCUGGGCUACAGGACUUGUUGUUGGACAAGUAAGCACACAUGCAUCUCACUGGCGUGCUCACAAAUCCCUGGGCAAAUGGUUAGCAGCCAAUGGCGUUCCUGGUCUUUGUGAAAUUGACACACGAGCUCUAACGCGCAAACUUCGCGACGGAGUAACUCUAGGCAGGAUUAUUCAAAGUAUUCCACCGUUUGAAACCCUACCACCUCUUAAAGAUCCUAAUGAAAGGAAUUUAGUUGCGGAAGUAUCUGUCAAGGAAAAACAAAUAUACAAUCCAAAUGGCGACGUUACAAUAUUAGCUGUAGACUGUGGCUUAAAGUAUAAUCAAAUAAGAUGUUUAAUGAAGAGGAGCGCGAAAGUCGUCUUGGUGCCUUGGAAUUACAAAUUCGAUCCAAAAGAGUAUGAUGGUCUAUUCAUCAGUAAUGGCCCUGGCGACCCAGAAGUAUGCCGACAAGUAGUCAACAAUUUAAAAGAAGUUAUCGAGGGACAGAAUACAGUUAAACCUAUUUUUGGUAUUUGUUUGGGUCAUCAAUUACUUGCAACAGCAAUUGGUUGUAAAACUUAUAAAACUCGAUACGGUAAUCGAGGGCACAAUUUACCUUGUACACAUUUUGACACAGCAAGAUGUUUUAUGACUUCCCAAAAUCACGGAUUUGCUGUGGAUGCUAAUUCAUUACCUCAAAAUUGGAAUAUUUUGUUCACUAAUGAAAAUGACAAAACAAACGAGGGUAUAAUACAUACGUCACUUCCGUAUUUCAGUGUACAAUUUCAUCCAGAACACACUGCAGGUCCUACGGAUCUAGAAUGCCUUUUUGAUGUUUUUAUCGAUACGGUAAAGUCAUAUAAAAAUAACAAAAAGUGUAUAGUAAAAGAUAUUAUAUGUGAUAAACUUAAAUUUACUCCAAUACUACACGAAAGGCCCAAAAAAGUGUUGAUUCUGGGAUCAGGUGGCUUGUCUAUUGGGCAAGCAGGUGAAUUUGAUUAUUCAGGUUCACAAGGAGUCAAAGCUAUGCAAGAAGAAAGGGUACAAACAGUUCUAAUUAACCCUAACAUAGCAACCGUUCAAACAUCGAAAGGAUUAGCUGAUAAAGUUUAUUUUUUACCAAUAACCCCCGAAUAUGUAGAACAAGUUAUAAAAGCUGAACGUCCCACAGGAGUUCUUCUGACAUUUGGAGGUCAAACAGCUUUGAAUUGUGGAGUUGAAUUACAAAAGUCAAAAGUGUUUGAAAAAUAUAAUGUAAGAGUAUUAGGCACCCCCAUUCAAUCUAUAGUAGAUACUGAAGAUAGAAAAAUAUUUGCGGAAAAAAUUAAUGCCAUCGGAGAAAAAGUUGCACCAAGUGCUGCCGUAUCUUCAGUAGAAGAAGCACUGGCGGCUGCAAAACAAAUUGGAUACCCAGUAAUGGCCCGUUCAGCAUUUUCUUUAGGCGGUUUAGGCUCAGGUUUUGCAAAUAAUGAAGAAGAAUUGAGAUCUCUUGCGCACCAAGCAUUGUCAUAUUCAGAACAGCUGAUUAUUGACAAAUCUUUAAAAGGAUGGAAAGAAGUUGAAUACGAAGUUGUGAGAGAUGCUUAUGAUAACUGUAUAACAGUUUGUAAUAUGGAAAACGUAGAUCCAUUAGGAAUACAUACAGGGGAGUCUAUUGUGGUAGCACCAAGUCAAACAUUGUCUAAUAGAGACUAUUAUUUGUUAAGAAACACAGCUAUUAAAGUCAUAAGGCAUUUUGGAAUUGUUGGAGAGUGUAACAUACAGUACGCUCUGAAUCCAAAUUCUGAAGAAUUUUAUAUUAUUGAAGUAAAUGCAAGAUUGUCAAGAAGUUCUGCUCUAGCAAGUAAAGCAACUGGCUACCCACUAGCAUAUGUUGCUGCAAAAUUAGCACUUGGAAUUUCAUUACCAACGAUAAAGAAUUCCGUUACCGGUGUCACUACAGCCUGUUUUGAACCUAGCUUAGACUAUUGUGUGGUAAAAAUACCAAGAUGGGAUUUAGCCAAGUUUAAUAGAGUUAGUACCAAAAUCGGAAGUUCUAUGAAAAGUGUAGGUGAAGUAAUGGCGAUAGGUCGAAACUUUGAAGAAGCCUUUCAAAAAGCUUUAAGAAUGGUUGACGAAAACGUUAAUGGAUUUGAUCCCUAUAUUAAAAAAGCUAAUGAUAAUGAACUCAGAGAACCUACAGACAAACGAAUGUUCGUUUUAGCGGCCUCACUGAAAGAGAAUUACACUGUUGAGAAACUUUAUGAACUGACAAAAAUUGAUAGAUGGUUUCUUGAAAAAUUAAAAAAUAUAAUCGAUUAUUAUAAAAUAUUAGAAUCCAUAGAUUCUGGCUCAAUAAGUUUUGAAAUUUUAAAACGUGCAAAACAAAUAGGAUUUUCGGAUAAACAAAUAGCUGCUGCAAUAAAAAGUACAGAAUUAGCUGUUAGAAAAUUACGAGAAGAAUAUAAAAUUACACCAUGCGUUAAACAAAUUGAUACAGUUGCUGCAGAAUGGCCCGCUACUACUAAUUAUCUAUAUCUAACGUAUAAUGGGAGUGCCCAUGAUUUAGAAUUUUCAGAAGAUUUCAUAAUGGUUUUAGGAUCAGGUGUUUAUAGAAUAGGCAGUUCAGUGGAAUUCGAUUGGUGUGCUGUAGGUUGUCUGAGAGAACUGAAAAAUCAAAAUAAAAAAACCAUUAUGGUAAAUUACAAUCCUGAAACUGUAAGUACAGAUUACGACAUGAGUGACAGGUUAUAUUUCGAAGAAAUAUCAUUUGAAGUUGUAAUGGAUAUUUAUAAUAUAGAAAAACCGGACGGUGUAAUUCUGUGUAUGGGUGGUCAAUUACCCAACAACAUUGCAAUGGACUUACAUCGACAGCAAGCUGUCAUAUUAGGAACAUCGCCUGAUAUGAUAGACAAUGCUGAGAAUAGGUUUAAAUUUUCUCGAAUGUUAGACCGCAAAGGUAUUUUACAACCAAAGUGGAAAGAACUUACGAGUCUUGACUCCGCUAUAAAGUUUUGCGAAGAAGUCGGGUACCCUUGUUUGGUUCGACCCUCCUAUGUAUUAAGCGGAGCAGCCAUGAAUGUAGCAUAUUCUAAUCAAGAAUUAGAGUCAUAUUUAAAGUCUGCAAGUCAAUUAAAUAAAGACCAUCCUGUUGUUAUUUCUAAAUAUAUAUUAGACGCAAAAGAAAUUGAUGUUGAUGUUGUUGCUGCGGAUGGAGUACUUCUUUGUAUAGCUGUUUCUGAACAUAUUGAAAACGCUGGAGUACACUCCGGAGAUGCUACUUUGGUUACACCCCCCCAAGAUAUUAAUAUCCAAACUUUAGAAAAAAUCAACGAAAUAGCUAAAAUAAUUGCAGAAACGCUUGAUGUUACAGGUCCAUUUAAUAUGCAACUCAUUGCAAAGGAUAAUGAAUUAAAAGUCAUUGAGUGUAACGUUAGAGUUUCAAGAUCGUUUCCUUUUGUUUCUAAGACAUUAGAUUACGAUUUUGUUGCUUUGGCGACUAAGGUAAUCUUAGGUGUACCUGUUGAACCAGUCAAUAUCAUGGGUGGGUGUGGAAAAGUUGGUGUUAAGGUACCACAAUUUUCUUUCUCAAGAUUGUCAGGCGCAGAUGUAACUCUUGGCGUAGAAAUGGCAUCAACUGGUGAAGUUGCUUGCUUUGGGGAAAAUCGUUAUGAAGCGUAUUUGAAAUCAUUAAUGAGUACUGGAUUCAGAAUUCCCAAAAAAGCUAUUUUAUUAUCUAUUGGGACCUUUAAGCACAAAGUUGAACUGUUACCUAGUAUACGAAUAUUGCAAAAACUUGGAUAUAAGCUAUAUGCGAGUAUGGGUACUGGAGAUUUUUAUACUGAACAUGGCAUUGAGGUUGAAAGUGUUCAAUGGACCUUUGAUCACAUUGGAGACGCAGAAGAUGUAAGAUCAGAUGGCGAACUCAUGCAUUUAGCUGACUUUAUGGCGAGGAAAGAAUUAGAUCUUGUGAUUAAUUUGCCAAUGAGAAGUGGAGCGCGCAGAGUUUCAUCUUUUAGCACUCAUGGAUACCGCACUCGACGUUUAGCUGUAGACUAUGCCGUACCUUUAGUUACUGACGUUAAAUGUGCUAAACUCCUCGUACAGGCACUGUUACUAUGUGGUGGUGCACCACCUAUGAAAACACACACUGAUUGCAUGACAUCAAGAAACAUAAUUAAAUUACCAGGAUUUAUUGACGUACACGUGCAUGUUCGAGAACCUGGUGCUACUUACAAGGAAGACUUCGAUUCUUGUACAGCUGCAGCUCUGGCAGGUGGUGUAACAAUGAUUUUUGCUAUGCCAAAUACAAAUCCUCCUCUUAUUGAUCGUUCAUCGUAUGACUAUGUUUCAACAUUGGCUCGUGUAAGUGCACGAUGUGACUUUGCUCUUUUUGUGGGUGCAUCUACUAGUAACUGUGAUACAGCUGCUGAAUUGGCACCUCACGCAGCAUCACUUAAAAUGUACUUAAAUGAAACUUAUACGACUUUAAAAUUAAAUGAUAUGACUAUUUGGCAACGUCACCUUCAAAAUUGGCCCAAAAAGAUGCCUAUAUGUGCUCACGCUGAACGUGAAAAAACAGGUGCAAUUAUUCUAAUGGCUUCAUUACUCGAUAGACCGAUCCAUAUUUGCCAUGUAGCAAGAAAAGAAGAAAUACUAAUAAUAAAAGCGGCUAAAGAAAAAGGAUUGAAAGUUACUUGUGAGGUGUGCCCUCAUCAUCUAUUCUUAAGUACAGCUGAUAUAGAUCGAAUUGGAAAAGGACGAGCUGAAGUUCGACCAACUUUAUGCAGCCCUGAAGAUCAAGCUGAAUUAUGGAAAAAUAUGGAUAUUAUAGAUAUUUUUGCUACCGAUCACGCACCUCACUCUGUCGAAGAAAAAGAUUCUGAAAAAGCUCUACCCGGUUUUCCCGGCUUAGAGACAAUCUUACCACUACUCUUAAAUGCCGUUCACCAAGGACGGUUAACUAUAGAUGAUAUAAUAAAUAAAUUUCAUAAAAAUCCACGGAAAAUAUUUAAUUUGCCCGAACAAGAGAAUACAUAUGUAGAAGUAGAUAUGGAUUACGAAUGGACGAUACCUGAUGCCUUAGAAUUUUCUAAAUCUAAAUGGACUCCAUUUGCUGGUAUGCGAGUUUGUGGUGCUAUUCACCGCGUUACACUGCGAGGAGAAAUUGCUUACGUCGAGGGUCAAAUUCUUGUACCACCAGGUUUUGGACAAAAUGUCCGCGAUUGGCCUGCUCCUAAAAAGCAAACAGUCCCUACUUUUGCCCUUGAAAAAAUUGAUAAGGAAACAAGUAGACCAAGCUCUGCUUUAGAUAUACAUAAUUCUUUAGAAUUAAGCAAAUUAACUGAUUUGGACAUAGAUCAGGGUGAAACAAAUAAACUCGAAGGACAAAAUAAAUUCAAUGUUCAUUUUCAUGAAGCUUCAGGCUUGAGAAGUAUUUCACCGUUGCCUUCUCAAAUACACGUUACAAGACAGAGAUGUGAUAGUUCCUCUUAUCCAUCACAAUCAACAGGAUCACAACGCCAAAGAAGUGAUUUAUUCGGGAAAAGUAUACUAACAGUUGAUAGUUUUGCAAAGGAAACGUUAAAUGAUAUUUUCAAUCUAGCUCAGUUUAUGAAAACAAGUGUCAAUAAAGGACGCGUAUUAGAUGACAUAUUACGAGGAAAGAUCAUGGCGUCGAUAUUUUAUGAAGUUAGCACGCGUACAAGUUGUAGUUUUGCAGCAGCUAUGCAAAGACUUGGCGGUUCCGUUAUUUACACAGAUGCGACUAGCUCAUCAGCAAAAAAAGGAGAAACACUAGAAGAUAGUGUUACAGUAAUGGCUAGCUACGCCGAUGUUGUAGUGUUACGUCAUCCUGAACCAGGUGCCGUUGCCCGUGCUUCGCGACAUUCGCGUAAACCUAUCAUAAAUGCGGGAGAUGGAGUUGGAGAACAUCCCACACAAGCACUACUGGAUGUUUUUACUAUUAGAGAAGAAAUCGGUACUGUCAAUGGGCUCACGAUUACAAUGGUCGGAGAUUUGAAAAAUGGACGAACAGUUCAUUCAUUGGCACGAUUACUUUCACUGUAUCAAGUGCAGUUACAAUAUAUUAGUCCACCAGGCCUCGGAAUGCCUAAACAUGUUAUGGAAUACGUAGCACGUAAAGGUAUUCCACAAAAAGUAUACGAACGCUUAGAAGAUGUGCUUGCUGAUACUCAUGUUCUAUACAUGACUAGAAUUCAGCGCGAAAGAUUUCAAACUCAGGAGGAAUAUGAAAAGAUGCGCGGCUUACUGGUGGUCACUCCACAACUAAUGACUCGAGCACGUCGCCGUAUGAUCGUGAUGCAUCCACUGCCACGACUCGACGAGAUCUCGCCGGAAUUUGAUUCAGACCCAAGAGCGGCCUACUUUAGACAAGUCGAAUUCGGGAUGUUCGUCCGAAUGGCGCUGCUCGCUAUGGUUGCCGGAGUAAAUCCUUUGACGUAGUCAAUAAACAAACAAGGCAACGUCCUAUGCACUCGUUUUAACACACAAAAUCCUAAAUCUAUUGUUGUUUUUAUACAAUAAGAAGUCUUUCAUAUGUGAUAAACUUAUGUUACAUUUAUUUUUAUAUAUCAAUUUUGAUAAAAUCAUAUUGAUAAUAUUCUUUUAAAAGUGUUUUUGUAAACACAUAUCGUAUUAUUAAAUUAUAAUUAUUUUAUUUAAAAAUCCUUUACAAAUCCAUUAUUUCUAAAUCAAUUUUAAAGUAAUAAAAUAAUACUUCCUAAUAAGAUUAUAUAUAUAAAGGAGAUUCGAAUUUUCUACAAGGUUCCUCGAAAAAUCAUUUAAUUGCCAAAAGGCGUUUCAGUUACUUUUAUAAUGCUUUUACAAGAAUGUGUAUAAAUUGAAAACUUUUAGAUGCGACAAAAAUAUACACGAUGUGUGAUGUUUUAUACACAACCAUUGUUAGCUAUUAAAAACAUAAUGUGAAUAUAAAA